UCCAGAGAAAAUUAUGCUAAAGUGGACACAUUCUUGCCGCAAAGUGUCCCAUAUUUCAGCUUGAAAUUACAAACACUUGAAGGCAUUAAGUCACCAGGUCGUAGAUGGCGCAUUUUAGCAUCCGUAAUGGAAACAGUGAUGUGGCUAAGAGUAAUGCUCAAAGAAUUGAACAAGUACCGUAUGAAAUUGAAGCUUUUUUGUCGUCUCUUCCCGAGUGAUUAUGAUUUUGAGAGAGACACACUAGUUGAGCUAUGGAUGGCCAUGGGAUUUUUGAGGGAGGAGCACAUGGAAGAUGUUGGUAGCAGGUAUUUUGACAAUUUACUAGAAGAACAGUACAUCCUACCCUCCAGAAUUGAUUCUGUUAAUCGGAAAACCAAGUAUAAAGUUAACUUGGACAAGGUUGCAGCUCUUUCAAAUGGGGAGCAAGCCACAAAUGAAGAUCUUAAUAUCAUUAUCGAUGAUGAGAAUGAGAUAACAGCUGAUAAAACUAAGGCCUGGAAUAUCUCUGUAGUGUCCACAAAUGUCAAUCAAAACAUGCUUAAGACAUUGAUGAGCUUCCAUAAAUUGAGGACACUACUAUUUAUGCGCAAUUAUGGAUCUUCUCUUAAAGAAAUACCAUCUGCCAUGUUUCUAGACCUGCAGUCCAUAGAAGCACUUGAUCUGAGUGGUAGUCAUCUUACUGAGUUGCCAAGUUCUAUAGGAAAUUUGAGGCGAUUACGUUACCUGGAUCUUUCAUUUACAUUGCUUGAAAGCUUACCUGAGUCUAUGGAUCGUCUUGGAGAACUGCAGACCUUGAAACUUAGAGGAUGCAAGAAUCUAUACGAGUUACCUAAAAAUUUCAAAGAGCUUACACACCUUCGCCAUUUAGAUUUUGAUAUUCUUGGCCAACUAACAUUCAUGCCCAAAGGAAUACGGGCCCUUACUGAGCUUCGUACCUUAUCAGCAUUCAUUGUGGAUCCUGAAGGAAUUUGUAGUCUCAGGGAACUGCGGAAUAUAAAUAACCUCAGUGGUAGUUGUUGCAUCUCUGGGUUAGAAAAUGUCUCUGACGCAGGAGAUGCUUGGGAGGCUCAUUUGCAGGAUAAAGUGAAUUUGACUCAAUUACAUUUAAGAUGGAACAACUUCAAACGAUAUGAUGAUAGUGAUAGGAAAUUUGCUAUCAGAAUCAUUCAUUGUCUAAAGCCAAAUUCUGAAUCUUUACAAGAGUUGCAGAUCUCGUAUUACCCUGGCUCAGAAUUCCCAAGCUGGAAUAGUUACUGCAAGUUUAAGAAACUUACCCUCCUUAACUGUGAAAAUACUCAAUUUUGUAUGUCUCUAGGAUUGUCUUCAACCACCAAAAAUCUUAGUAUUGUUCACAUGGAUAGACUGACAAUGAUUGGUUACCAACGUCGUGGGAUUCCCUCUGAGUGUGCAUUUCCCGAAUUGCAAGAGUUUGUGGUUGAUGGAAUGUUGAGUUUGGAAACAUGGACAGUGAAUGAUGGUGAUUUCCCACUCCUUUCUAAGUUUAUCAUCAAGCAGUGUCCCAAGUUAACUACACUUCCUUUUCUUGCAUGGCUACCUUCCUUGCAGCAUUUGGAAAUAACCCAGUGCACUACGUUUGAAUCUCUACCUGAGGAAACAUUGUCAACUUUGGUACAGACACUGAUUAUAGAUGAUUGUCCAUUGCUAAAAAAGAGGUACUCAAAGGGAGCUAAAGAUUGGCACAAGAUAAAGCAUGUACUAAAUGUAUGGAUUGAUCUAGAGGAUAUGCACUCAGCUACUGAAGAUAACAACUCCACAUCAGGUUCUCCCUCAUAUAAUGAUUUUGAUUACAAAGAAACUUUUGAUAUAGAUGAUAUCCAGACACCUUGGAGAGAGGAUCACUUUUAGGAUGAUGCCAAUGCCAAUUUAUUGGGGAACGACGCACCACCAACGGAAAGUCAAGAGUUAAGAACUUAAGACCCAAGAAAUGGCUCUACGCGCAAUUUUGGAGCUGUUGAAAAAUAGUGUGCCAAAGAAUCCAACGUCAAACUUGACUAUCUGAUGUACUUCAAUUUAAUUUGAAGCAUAAGUAAUAGAGAAACUUUUAGUUCUUUUAUGGAAAGUUGAAGAUGUACAUCUAAAAUUUGUGGUGUAUUACAAUAUUAAGUUCUAAUUUGUUUAUUAGUGACGAAUAAUCUAGUGACUUGUGACUUGUUUAGUAGGUAAAUAAAGGAAUGUUGUAAUUUUGCAAGUUGCAAUUAAUGUGAACUGUUAUAACGGACGUGAGAAAGAAACAA